AUGUCAGAAAUAGAUCCACUUGCCGAGUUCUUGCUUCCAGAAGACGGAGAUCGAAAUGCUCGUCAAAAUGAUCCAUUGAUAAGCGGAGGUCCACUUCCAUUGGAAUCGCCAAGCAGAAAACUCACAUCCCUGUUAUCCUAUGAUCCGACAGUUCCGGAGUCACCGGAUAUGAAAUUCGCCAGAAAACGUCUGGGAAAUCUGCUGACAACCAUAAAACAUCACCCAUCGGAAAUAAUUGGAGUACUCCCAGAAGAUUAUACUCGUGCUGAUGAAGAGCCCGGGCGCCAAGGACGUCCACCAGGUCGCCCUCGUAAGAUGCCGCGUCACGAAUCUUCAACUUCACUUAUGGAAUCACCACGCAAGACUAUGACUCGUGAUUCUAAAAUUAUGUUUGAAUUGCGUGGAAAACCAUUCGAAAUGAUAGCUGGACGUUUUGAAGAAGAAUAUUCACUUGGUAGAGCAUGGGUUAAAGGACACAUGAAUAAUGAAUAUGAACCAAUAAAAGCUCAAAGGACAGACUAUGCACCGAAUCUGGCUGUUGAUUAUCUUGCAUGUCGCGAGAUUCAUCGAAUGCCACGUCCAGAUAAAUCAAUUCCUGAGCUGCCAAUUGUUCCAUCUAGAAUCGAUGAAUUCGACGCUACAGUCGAUCCAAGAUAUGAAACAGAUUUGAAAAAUGAAUACAUUCGUCAUUGGAAACAAGUCAAAAAAGGUUGGUGUGCUCAUCAACGUCGUCGGACUGCUCCCCAUGCAAGAAGCAUAGCAUUAAUCAACAAAAUCUACCAGCCUGGAGAGUCGAAAACUGUCGAGCAAGCACUUGGUCUUAUUUAAAUAUUCUAACAUGUAAUUUCAAUUUAUCUCUUACUUUCUGAUCUUGCUAUCACAUGUCUCUUAUUUCAAAAAUCUCACUUUAAAAUUCAUAUAAAUAAUGGGUUUAUUCAAA